AUGGAGGAAAUGAAAAGACUAACUGAGUCUGUAGACACUGAUUAUACUGGAGAGGCUUGGAUAGGACUGAUGAAAGGAACAUCAUGGAGAUGGCAGUGGUCCUCAGGAGAAGGAGACACAGGGUACACCAACUGGGAUACGGGUGCAACGUACAACCAGAAUAAUGGCCAUUGCUGUGUUGGGAUGCGAGACGACGGUUGUUGGAAUAAUGUUAAUUGUUCAUAUCAGACACAGGUGGGGUAUUUCAUCUGCUAUACCGCUCCCACCUAUGAAGACAGAAUAAAUGUUACCUGGAACUUCACCUUCAUUGACCAACAUAUGAAUUGGUUUGAUGCUCAGAGCUACUGCAGAUACAGUUACACAGACCUGGCCACUGUGAGGAAUAAAGAAGAUAAUGACUUGAUACAUAAGAUGGUUACAAAUGGCACUUGGGUGUGGAUUGGCCUGUUCCAGGACACAUGGGAAUGGUCAGACCUGUCAAACUCCUCAUUCCGUAAUUGGAAAAUUGGUCAAAAUGAUAAUGAGAAUAACACAUGUGCUUUAGCACAGGUCACCUGGCCUGGGACAUGGGAUAUGACACCAUGUGAUGAAAAGCAUCCAUUCAUAUGCUAUGAUGAUUGCCUGAUUUUGGUAAACAGAACCAUGACCUGGAAUGAAACCCUGAAUUACUGCAGAACACACUAUUUUGACCUGGCCUCUGUCCACAACGAGGAGAUACAGCAGUGGGUCAGUAGGAUGGCUGAGAAGGCCUCCACUGAUCAGGUCUGGCUGGGGCUGCGCUUCUCCUGCUCCCCGAACUUCUGGUUCUGGGUCAGUGCAGAAAAUGUCAGCUAUCAGACCUGGUCCCCAAACAACAUAUCCAGCAGUAACAUGUGUGAAACCACAGGGGCAGUACAAUCUGGAAACCCAGAUUAUUGGGUCAGUCUGCCUGAUACGGAGGAGCUCAGCUUCAUGUGUUCCAUAUGUCCAGAUUCACAGGGGAACAUAGCCGAACCUGCACAAG